UCGAUUGUCAACUGUGAAAGGAAAAAAAAAAUAAAAAAGUUUUGAGUUUAGAUUUGAUGAAAGGUUUGAAUAGUUGGUUCAUUUCUUUUGUUUGAUAGAAUACGUUUGAUAUCAGUUAGUCACUAAUUGAAUGAAGAUUUGAUUACAAUGACAAACAAUUCUUUCAAAGCUUUCCAAUCAAUAAAUGAAUCAGAGCCCUUGACUUUUAAAAAAUAACCAUUUUCUUUGUUCCGCAUUCAAGCCUCAGUGGCCUAUAAAGUUCAUGAUGCUUUUUAAAUUUACGAUCUUUGUAUACAUUUAUGGAUUAAGGAAAUUGCAGACAAACAUCUGAAAAAGACUUUGGGUCUAAUUACGCUACGUUAAAACUGCAAUGACAUUGAUUUUUUAGAGAUGAUUCCUACCGCUUGCUUGCUUGCUUUGCAUAUUGGGUAAUUUCUUCAAAUAUUGAUCUAUUCGGAGAAAAACAUUCUGAUUAAGUUUUAAGGUCCUUUGUUCUUGUCCAUUACUAUGGGAUGAAUGUGCAGUAAAAAGCAUCAUUUCUUUAAAAUUUAUCCAGACAUGUUGUCACAUUCAAUGUUGUGAUGUUUCGUCUUCGUGUUCCGUGUGUAGUAUAGGAUUGUGAUGUCCGAAUGCUGAUGUUAAGUGGUUAAGGAGUGAGAAACAUCUAUUAGGAAUUGAUUAUAGAUCUGAAUACAGUUUUGCAAUGUUAAAUGUCUAGAUUUAAAUGGGAAAACAUGGAAUUAACAAUACUGUAGGAUUGAUUGAGUCCUGCAUUGGUUUGAAUAUUUAGAUAAACGUACAUUUUUUUAUUACAAUACUGUGACAGAGGCAAAUAAUAUUUAUUUAAUUCCAAUGGGGAAGCAGAAAACAAUUUCUUUGGAACAAAACAGGAUUAAUUUUCAAAUCUGGUACAAUAACAUAAUUCGACAAAGUUAAUAACAAUAAAAAUAAUGAGUUGUUGAUAAAUAACAUAGAAGAGACAAUAUUAAAGUCGUGUUAAAAUAUCAACUUUUCCAAUUCUGGAAUUUGUGUUAAAUUAAUUCAUAAUUGGUAUUGGACAGACUGUUGGAUGAAAUGAAAAGUAGACCUAUUUUGAAAAUUAAAUAUAGUUAUUCCAGAGCUUUGUCUAAAUGACAAUAAAUUCAUGAAUGAUGGAGCAAAGCAAGUGAUAUAUAUAUAUAUAUAGUGAAAGUUUGAUAAAAAUAACAUAAUUGAUGAACUGAGAGCUAAAGACAUGUUAUAAUGUAAAAAACCACAGGAUAAAAAAAAUUAAAUCAGAAAGACAAACUAUAAAAAGAAUCAUGCUCUAGUGAUUCCUAACUCAAGACUGUAGAUAAAGGGUUUACAUGAUGACAGAUAAAAUAAACAUAUUGAUCAGGAUGAAUAUGAGGGAAAGAACAUCUGGUUGUAAUUAAUGAUUGGUCAGUUAAUUAAUUACAGUAUCUUGGACCCUAGGGGGUGCAGAUUGAAAGGAUUGCAGGGGUAGUGAAAGAUGAUAGAGACAUUUAUAACUAUGCAGAUAGAAAAAGACUGGUUUUAUUAACUGAAAGCGUUUUUUGUGGAAGAUUCCAAGAAACAGUUAAAUUCUAAAUGGAAUAUUAAAAAAAAAAUAAACUGAUUUUCAUCAUUAAAAGUGCGGAUAUGUUUUAACAUUUACAUAAUUGAUAUAGUUGAAUGUUUGACAGUUAAACUUUGAUAAUGUUGAAAGGUCAACGGAAUAUGAACAAACGGUUAAAUGUUAUUACAUGAAAUUGAUGUAAUUGAAAAAUCAUAUUUCUACAUUUCCCUAGAGUGCCUCGUUAACUGAUAAAUUUCACAAUAGAGUGGUAGAGUCAUUGAUGAUUUAAUGAAGUGGUGAUAUCCUGUGGGAGGCCCCACAUUUAUUACACACACAUUCACAGCAGCCUAUUUUACGUGUGUUGUUCUACAGUAGUUUGUCAGACUUUGUAAAGUGAUACUACACACUAAACAUACUGGAUGCUGAUUGCUCCUCAGACAUUCUGAACUCCUUGGCUCUUUUGGUUUAUUUUGAGGGAAGUAUCUAGAGGCACUAUUCAGUAGAGAAUGAGAGUUGAUGGGAUAUACAGCAACAAAGAAUGGGGGAAAAUGCCGGCCACACACUAUAAUCCUUCUGGCACCGGUUACAAUAGUUACAAAUAUGACACUGGACAAACCUCUUACCAAAGCUCAUAUCGUAGUCGAUUUCUUCAAGACCAGAAAGAUACAAGUGAACAGGGAACAUGCAUUGCAGACGACGACGAUGGUCACCUGAUAUAUCAAGCGGGAGACUUGCUACAAGCUAGAUAUGAAGUGGCAUCCACCUUAGGAGAAGGAACUUUUGGAAAAGUUGUCGAAGUCAAAGAUGUGCACAGAAAUCAGGAACAUAUUGCCUUGAAGAUCAUCAAAAACAUAGAAAAGUACAGAGAGGCCGCCAAACUAGAAAUCAAUGUCUUAGAAAAAAUACGGGAAAAAGAUCCUGAAGGAAGAUACCUAUGUGUUCAGAUGAUGGAAUGGUUUGACUACCAUGGUCACAUGUGUAUAGCUUUUGAUAUGUUAGGUCUCAGUGUAUUUGAUUUUCUGAAAGAUAAUCAUUAUAUACCUUAUCCAUUAGAUCAAGUACGACACAUAGCAUAUCAACUGUGUUACGCAGUAAACUUUUUACAUGAAAACCACCUCACACAUACAGAUCUGAAACCAGAAAAUAUAUUAUUUGUAAACUCUGAUUUUACCGGUGUAUUUAAUCCUAAAAAGAAAAGAGAUGAGAGAACAGUUAAAUGUACAGACAUUCGGUUGAUAGAUUUUGGUUCAGCUACAUUCGAUCACGAACACCAUAGUACUAUAGUAUCAACAAGGCAUUACAGAGCUCCUGAAGUUAUAUUAGAACUUGGCUGGGCUCAACCUUGUGAUGUGUGGAGUAUAGGGUGUAUUAUAUUUGAAUUAUAUACUGGUUUUACAUUAUUUCAAACACAUGAUAAUAAAGAACAUUUAGCUAUGAUGGAGAGAAUAUUAGGAACGUUACCGUACAGAAUGAUAAAGAAGACAAAAGUACCAGACUUGUUCUGGCAUGGGCGACUUGAUUGGGACCCGACAACCAAUGCAGGCCGUUAUGUCAGAGAAAAUUGUAGGCCUCUUUAUAGUUAUAUAAGAGACAAGGGCAGCGAACAUCGACAGGUACUUGAAAUUAUUGAAAUGAUGCUAGAAUUCAUGCCAACAGACAGAAUGAAACUCAAAGAUGCCAUGAAACAUCCAUUCUUUCGUCCCGUUAAAAAACAACACCCUAACAGAUACCCUGAAUACACUCCAACACCUGACAGGGAAGCCAAACCCACCAAAUCAAGGAGAUCGUCACGAAUUGUAGAGGAAGUUAAGGAAGAGGAGGCACGAGCCAAAGCCGAAGAAAAAAAGGCAGAUGCAGCAUGUGCCAUGCAAUGUGAUGAUGAUAAUCUGGCCCCUCAGUUGUCUAUCGAUGAAAAAGAUGUUGAUGAUGUUCGGUAUGAGCACAUUUUGAAAGAUGAGGAAGCUCGGACAAAAAUUGAUAGUGAGCGUAGCCCGAUACAACAUGGCAUCAAUCUUCCAGCUCUAGAGGAGGAAAAAUCACGUUCUGAGCCAAAGAUUUUGAACAAUUUAAAACCACCAAAAAAGUUUGACGAUGAAGAAAAAGAGAAACCAAAAUCAGAAGAAACAUGUAAAACAAGGUCAAGAGACAUUUUUGAUACUGAGAUGAAUUUGUUAAAUAUGAAAUUACGACAUAUCAAAGAAGAAUUUCAGAUGGAAUCAAAAUCAGAUCCAAAAAAUGUGGAAGCUGCCUCUGCCAGUAAAAAUGUGUGGAAAAAAGAAGAAGAAAAUAAACCAAUUGUGGAAAAACCAAAACAUCAAAAGUUGAGUGAUGCAUCAAUGGUAGAGGCAAAUCUUACUCCAACACAGAUGGUCAGGCAAUGGCUACAGACUCCGACAGUAGGGGGAAAAUCAGACAAAAGUCCUCAAGGUUCUAUCAGUCCUGCUGUAGCAAGGAAGGACUUGGCCCACAUGAGAAGUUCUUGUAGUCCAUCAAGUUCUAAAGACGAUGAACAAGGGAAUGCUGACGACACAUCAUCAAGGAGGAGAAAUAGACGACAUCGGCAGGACGCGCAAGCUGAAUCUUUCGACAAUGAGGAGGCGACAGAUCUUGAUGCCAGACUUGAAGCACGACGAGCUGCUCGACUAAAGAAGAAUACAGAUAGUCAAGAUGUCUCUCAAACGUCUCAAACUUCUAGCUUAGAUGAUACUGAGGCAAGCGAGACUAGAGAGCAGAGAGCAGCAGCAAGACGACUCCGUAGAAAUAAAAAGGUAGUGGAGCAAGAACCACCUACAGAACCUAAAAAAAAUGAGAUCAGUAUGAGAAGUAUAUUUGACUUUUUCAAAAAAACAACCCCCGAACCCAUCAAACUAUAUCCUGAUUUAUUUGUGGAUCACUGUCCCAAAGAAAAGAGUGCUUCAGUUAAAACUGACAAAUUGGAAAACUCAGAAUCGACAAAUCCGUUGUCCAUAGAAUGUAAAACAAAUUGUGAUAAUACAGCUGAAGAAAUGGAAGCCAGAACAGAUGAUGCCACAGAGACGCUGGAUACCACAUUUGUGGAAGAAAAUAGACCUGUGGCAGCUAAUGUUGAGGAAAGCGGACUUGUGGCCGUUGAGGCUACUAUUGUAGAAAAUGGACCCAUAGAAGACACUUCAUUGAUAUCUGUGGCUGUGGAGGCGACUGUUGAAGAAAACAGACCUACAGAAGACACUUCAUUGAUAUCUGUGACUGUGGAGGCUGAUGUUGAGGAAAAUGGACCUACAGUAGACACAACUUUGAUAUCAGUGGAUGAGGUGGACAAUAAUGUGACAUUGACAGAAGAAAACAAUUCCAGGGUCGAACCGCAAAAUGAUAUCACAGUUGUUGAGGGAAACGAAUCUAAGGAUAAUAUUGAAAACAGUGACAAUGUUUCUGCUAGCGCUUUCAUGUGUGUGCCAACACAAAUUAUAAAAUUUCCUGGAUCUCUACAAACUGAAGACUCUGUGGAUAGCUAAUGGUUUUCAUUCGUUACAUUCGACAGCCUGAGAAUCCAGAACAUCAAGAAUUUUUCGAUUUCAUCAGCUCCAUGUUAAUGUAUGACCCUACGGAGCGUAUCUCAUUACCCGAGGCUUUCAGACAACCUUUUUUCUCCCCCUACUUCAGAACAGACCAAGCCACAGACAAUGACAAUGGUGAACGAGACAGGUCACAUAGUACCAGUAGAUGACUAUAGGGAAC